AUGCGGGAGGCGACGCCGAAGCCGUCGAAGCCCUCGCGGACGAGCUCGCGCUCCAAGGUCGCGCCCGGCGGCGACGCGCCGGCGCCGCCCCGGGCGACGCCGGCCGCGGCCAAGGAGACGGACUGGCGCAUGGAGAAGCAGGUCAUCCGCUACCGGACGGCGGGCUGCUUCGGGAAGACGCACGCGUUCGCCAUCGACGCGGGCCUCGCGGCGCUCGCGCACAACGUGCUCCACGUCCCCGACGCGCAGAUGCGCCGGCUGCACAACGUCUUCGCCAAGAACAUGGGCGCCCACGACGCCGACGAGGAGAUGAGCACGUCCGAGUUCUUCGAGCUCCUGGACCUGGACCCGACGCCGUUCCUCCGGUCGCUCCUCGACGGCAUCAUCUUCGACUGGGCGGACCUCAACAACGACAAGAAGCUCUCCUUCUCCGAGUUCUUCCUGGCCGCGUGCGUCGUCUGCGGCCUCGAGAAGCGCCAGCUCGUCUACUUCGUGUUCGCGCUCUUCGACGCGGACGACGACGGGAAACUCGACAUCCGCGAGCUCGAGCAGAUCUCCGCGGCCGUCCAGGGCAGCCGCUUCGGCGGCACGAACGCCAACUUCCUCGAGAUCUGCGACUCCAUGACGUCCCACCACUCGCUCGACAAGAGCCUCAUGAGCUUCGACGGCUUCCUCGCCGCGGUCGACAAGGCGCCGCACGUGCUCCACCCGGCGCUCCAGCUCCAGGAGCGCUUCGUCGCCAAGACCCUCGGCGCGGCGGCCUGGAAGCGCAUCUUCCACGCCUACGAGGCCGAGGUGGGCGACAGCUUCCACGCGGUCAUGCGCGACGCGGGCCUCCAUCUCCUCGGCGAGAGCCAGCUCCACGGCGGCGUCCACGGAGACGGCGUCUAG